AUGCCAAAUAAAGAUGUGGUAACUUCAGAUCUCUCAAUAGUGUGGGGAAAUUCCUUUAUUACUAUAGAACCUGACAACUCAAUUCCAUAUACUCUCCAUGUGUGCCCUUGGAAACGUGGAGAAUUCAAAGGUGCAAUUACAUUUUCUGUUAAGAGCAGAGAUGAGGAAGAUUCUCAGGAAGACACAGAUCUGGAGAAGGACUUCUCUUCUCAGGAAACGCCAUCAGAUCGAUCUACCAUUAUUUUUGAAGAAUACUCAGAUGAAAAGGUUAAAACUCUAAAAAUCUGGUAUCAUCUUGAAAUCCAUAGCUCUCCUGGACCUCCUGUAGAUACAAUUGAACUUCAUUGUAUUGCUCUGGAGACAACAUGCAUUGAAAUUCCUAUCUCCAAUUCAAAAAAUAAACCUGUUUGUUUGGAUGUGAAAUUAACAUCUACGGCCCUUAAUGGACCAGCAGAAAUGACACUUGGUCCACUGGAAAGUGUGAACUAUGUUGUAUGGUAUUCUCCAGCAACCACAGGCUAUAUAGAAGAAAGGUGUGUUUUGGGCUUGUACUGUGAUUUGUUGUUGACCCUUUAA